UGCAGCGUGUUUUGUGACUAGGUUAUACAUUGCGUAAAGCCAUAUAUUAUUUUUUAUUGAAUAAAAUUUUAUCAUUAACAAUGUGUAGUUCGUAUACGUGUAUAACAUGUCGAGUGGCGUUCAAAGAUGUAGAAAUACAGAGACUACAUUACAAAACAGAUUGGCAUCGCUAUAAUCUUAAAAGAAAAGUUGUUGAUUUACCUCCAGUAACAUCAGAAGAUUUUGAAAAGCGAGUACUUUUGCAAAGAGAAAAGGAUUCAGUUGAAAAUGGCGAUAAGAAUAUGUACUGCAAGGCCUGUCGCAAGAAUUUUAAUUCUGCGAAAUCUUAUGAAAAUCAUUUAGGCAGUAAAAGACAUAAGGAUAAUGAAAUUACAAAUGUGGAUGCAGAUGAUAAGAAAACAGAAGAUUUAGUAAUUCCUGCCCCAUCUGUUACCAUGAAACAAAAGCAAGUUCCAACUAAAUCUGCAGAAAUGGAUAUAGACACAGAUUCUGAAAUUGAAGAAGUGGAUUCAGAUGAAUGGGACGAUUGUACUGAUAUUAAUACUAAUGACUGUCUGUUUUGCGCCCAUCAUAGUCAAAGCAUGAAUAAAAACUUAGUACAUAUGUCUUUAAAACAUUCCUUCUUUAUUCCUGAUGUGGAAUAUUGUGUUGAUUUAAAAGGUCUAUUGACUUAUUUAGGAGAAAAGAUUAUGGAUGGAUUUAUGUGCAUUUGGUGUAAUGAUAAAGGUCGGACAUUCCAUUCAGCAGAUGCAGCAAAAAGUCACAUGUUAGAUAAAGGGCACUGUAAAAUGUUACAUGAAGGAUUAGCUCUUGCUGAAUAUGCUGAUUAUUAUGAUUACUCCUCAUCAUAUCCUGAUGCAGAAGGAGAUAGUGGAGAAGCAAUGGAUGAAGAUGACCAGAAUGAAGAAGAUGUGUCUCCUGAUGUUUUGGAUGGAUCUGAUUACCAAUUAGUUUUACCAUCUGGUAUAACUGUCGGACAUAGAUCAUUAUUGAGAUAUUAUAAGCAAAGUAUUGAUCCUAAUAGACAAAAGGCAGCAUUGAUGCCAACUCAGAAGAAGUUACAUAAGGUAUUAGCUGAAUACCGAUCACUUGGAUGGACUGCCACACAACAGGAACAAGCUGCAAGAAAAGCUCGUGACCUACAUUAUAUGCGCAGGUUACAGUCUAAAUGGAAUACAAAACUAGGUAUCAAUGCAAAUAAACUGCAAAAGCAUUUUAGAGUGCAAUGUAAUUUUUAAAUGAUAUUUAUUUUCUAAACUAUAACAUAAAUUACAACAAAAUUAUUGUAUGG